AUAAAAGAAUAGAAAUAAAAGACUGAUAGAGGACAAGCGAGUGAGUUUAUUGUUUGAUUUCGAAGAGGAGGGUGAAUCAUAGAACAAUCAAAAUUAACCUAAAAGGAUAAAACAAAGCGCGUUGUUUUAGCUGUUUUAAUUUGUUUGAUGUUUCAUUACAUUGAAUUAUAUUUGCAAAUACGUAUGAUUAAUUAAGUGAAUAUUUGAAAGAAUGCCGAAUAGAGAAGGAGAUAAUAGACUUGAUGAAGAAAAUACAAAGGAGCUCGGAGCAUAUUCAUCUGAAUUUUCGGAGGAAGAUAAAAUUGGGGAAGGUUCUUUAUUAAAAAACAAGUUAGAAAAGGAUUUAAUAAAAGAAAAGAAGGAGGAGGCGGCGGCAGGCGGCAGUAGAAAAAUAUUGCAAAAACAGUUGGAUAAUUCAAUUGAUGAUAUACUAAAGAGGAGCAUUAAUUUGAAUAUAGAUUUAUAUAGAUUUUCUGGAAUGCAAUGCAUUAAAAUGAACAACAUUAGCAUAUUCGAAUUUUCAACAGGAGUAAAUGUUACGAAGGAUAAUUUAUUUUGCGUAGAAAUUGUCAAUACUGAUGAUAAUUUGAAAUUAGGAAAAUGGGUGAUGCCACCUUCAACCGACAUGGAGGAUAUUCUUUCGGAGUUUCCACUGGAUAAACAUACAAAUUUAAAAUCAUUUUUAAAAUGUUGCAAACAACACGUCAAUUGUUAUAGUGAUCGUCAAGAACAAUAUAACAAUUUAAAGAAUAUUAUUUCAAAUCUAGAAAAGUGUUCCUUAGACGCCAAUCUUGGAUUGACACGAAUUCAUUUACACAUGUCAGGAAUAGAAGUGAUAAAUGAUCCUGAGCAAAUAUAUAAUAUUAUUCUGUUUAUGGCAUAUAAAUCAAACGAAGCACUUCCAUAUUUAAUAAGUAUUGAGAAAGAAGACAAUACUUUGUCGCCAAAAAUAAAUAAAAUAUUUCAGAAAUAUUUCAAACCAUUCAAGAACGUCAAUUUGAGCGCUGCAUUCGAACAAAUUAUUGAUGAUAAUCGUCAUUUUAUUUGGAAGAAAGUAUCUAAAGUUUCCAAUAACUUUGAUGAGUACAUAACGGAAGAAAAAGAUGAAGAAAAAAAAGAUGAAGAAAGUAGCCUUGAAAACGAUUUGACAGAGUUGCAAAUGGAAAAUGGAAAUAGUAAAUAUUCGUCAAAUUCAAUAGAAGAGGAUAAAGCAAAAUCAAAAUCUAAUAAGAGAGGAGGAAAAAAGAUAAACAAGCAAAAGAAAGAUUUUCAAACAACUUCUACGAGUACUAUUAUAACGAAGGCAAAAGAAAAAGAACAACAAAUUUCAGUUGGUGAAAAGAAGCAGGUAGAAGCAGCCUUAAACGGAGAUAUAUUUACAAAAAAUAAGAAAAUAGACCAAUCAACCAAGAAUUUCGUUUCGAAUAAAACGACGAAAACUUCCUUGAAGGAAAAUCCUGAUAAAUACUUUAGCAGCACACCCAAAUUAAAUAAAAGAAAAACAAAAUUGAACGAUAUACGUCUUUCAGAGAUUAGUUCAAUUUCAUCCUUAUCGACGAAUAUGGAAUCAAAAAAAGAUUUGACAAAUAUUUUGAAUGAAAAUGACGAUAAUUCUUUAUCGGUCAACGAACGUCAAAAUGACAUGCAAAGAAGGGAAUUAUUGAAAACAAUAAGGGAGAAGAAAGAUGUUAACAAAAAUAAUACUGGCAGGAAAACGAAUAAACGAGGAAAUAUUAAAAAACAACAAAACAAAAAAGGCAAUUGAUCGUAAUUUCAUCAAUCAUUUGAUUGAUUCCUUUUCAUCGGAUUAUUUCAUUAAAAUUAACCUUAUUAUUAUA